AUGAAGCCAUCAAGGAAAGAAGAGAACGGGUCUUGUAGAAAACAAACAGUGGACAGCUUAAGUUGCAGGUCAGCUUUGUUGUUGUCUGUUGUAUGUUGUAUUGCACUGAUUCACGUGGAACUCAGAAUACAGGAACAUCAUCAGCUGAUAUCAUCUUCAGUAACAUGCUGUGAUCAGAUGGAAAGUAAAAUUCUUCAAAAAGUUCAGCAGAAUAACGAAGAAUGGCAAAUGACGAAAGGCAACCAUUUACGGGGUCAAAGACAGCAGACAACGGGUAGGUUUGUAACGGAUAUUAAUGUCGAUUAAUUAACAGGUAAUAUUUGAACCAAAAGCAGUUAUGCCAAAGUUUUGUUUUUCAACCAACGUACGUGUCUUCAACAGUUCAAGGCACCCAACGACGGUUUCCUCCAAAACUCUUUAAAAACGAUUUUUAGGCUGCCAGAGUACUUUUGGACCUCUAGAAAUGCAUCUGUUCGGUCAUCCUAGGAGAACUUGAGUCUUUUCGAAAUUACAAGGGCUUCAGUAUUAUUUUUCCGAAAAUUUUUGAUGAAAUGUAACGUAUAAUAAAAGUGAGAAAUUUUCCUAUUCCUCUCUUCAUCACAUUUUUGAAUCUGAAAAAUUUUAGGUUUCCUUUUUUUCUUCGAAAACUAGCCUAACCUGGAGAUUGAAAUGUGAAAAUUAAACUACAGAAAAUCGUGGGGAAUUUGUUAGAAAAGCUUUCAAUAUUAUACAUAAGUGGAACGGUCAUCUAGAAAUUUUUAGCCGUCCUCAAGUAAUAGAAAAUUCUAGGCAAUAUUUGCCUCUGCGAACAGAUACUUCACUGAAAACAGUUCGGCGUUAAGUGCCCCUGUGUCUGAUGUUUCAUGUUUCGCGGCACGCUGUGUCUUUCACGAAGAAAAAUUUCAAGCAAAACCUCUGGGACCAAGUUAAGUUAUUAUAGAAGGCAACCAAAAAUAUUUCACGGAGAGAAAGCAAUCUUUUGUGGGCAAUACAAUUUUGUUUUAGCGUUAACUUUGAUUCUCUCGAUAUUUUCAAGGCCCCGAAGUCACCAACUCAAGACAGAAGCGCGCAUCGCCUGUUAAAUCACAGAAAAAAUCCACGCAAACAACCUCCAGUGUAAAAAUACUGAUUAAAGAAGAGCUGCGACUGUUACAGAACCAAAUCUGUACUAAAGAUGAAACGCUUUGCCGCUCAGGACCAAAAGGUAACACCGGACGACGAGGACGGCCUGGUAUCCGAGGAAGACCAGGUCCCCCAGGGAGACUCGGGCCUGAGGGGCCUCCUGGUAAACAUGGACCAAUAGGACCUCAAGGAGCAAUGGGUAUAAAGGGAGAUCUCGGAAUUCCGGGUGACCCUGGUCCCGUGGGGCCUCGAGGUCCACUAGGUGAGAAAGGCACAAAAGGUGAGCCGGGCCAGUCCAUCUCGGCUCCAUCUCUGCUACAGCGUCCUGUUGAAACCACAGUCAAUGAAAGUCAGACAGUCAUCUUAAAAUGUACAGCCGACGGUAAUCCAACUCCUCUAGUCACGUGGUCUAAGAUACAUUCUUCGCUUCCAGUUGGACGUCACGUGGUAGAGUCCAGUGGCGCUCUUAUCGUAAAGAACGUUAGACCUGGAGACGAGGGUGUUUACAGCUGCAGAGCUGAAAACUUGUUGGGAAGUGUCAACGCGUCUGCGAAACUUACAGUUCAAUGUAAGUUGACCUGUUAUAUUUUCCAGCAUUCUAAUCUUGCAGCAGUCUUAUUUAGAGGUCCUAUGAAGACUAAGAACUUUGUUGUGAUUUUGCUAUUGCAGCAGGUGCUAGAUCAGUCAGGCGACUGAACGGACUAGCAGUAAAAUAGAAGGCUCUUUCUUUCGUUUUCUCUUUCUCGCUUAUUAUUCACUCAGGUUAAUUAACUACUAAACUAAUGAUCUCACAGUUCAUUCAGCUACGAUUAAAACCCACGUACGUUUUAUGUUCUAAGAAAGUCGCAAAUUUUUAAACAUGAAGAGUAUAUUUGGCCAUACAAACACGCUCGUUUAAAAUGUUUUGAUUUGUUAUGCUAUACAGGAUACCUUAAAGGAAUUCAUUGGAACAAUUCAUCGGGAAUUUUAAUCUUAAGAGAGGACAGCUCAUUGAGUUGAAGGAGUAGCCAUAAUUGGGGUAAGAGACCGCAAGCGCGGGGUCCAGGCGGCUCCAUCGAAAUAGCCAAAUGUGCUAUUUUUAGAACAAACUGCGCCACCCUCUACGUCACAAACUCGCGUGGGGAGCCGCGAAACCGCGCGGCUGUCGUGGGGAAAUUCAGGAGAUGGGCGAUCGUUUGCGACUUCAUUUGAGUGCUCUCUGAGCUUUUGAAGUGCUUCAUAUCUCGAGAGGCAAUGCAUGAACAGUGGAGGAAUGAGCGAAUGUUAUAUAAACAUUACUAGAAAUAAGUUUGUAAAUGAUGUAGAUGAAAUAAGUCAUAUAAGGACUGCAUGCGGAAAUGAAAUCAAUUGAAGAAUUCGCGAAUGAUCCUCGCAGUUGUGAACGCAAUUUAUGCAAUUGCGUAAGAAGCCUGAAAGAAAAAUUAGGACUUCAACGGGAUCUGAACCCGUGACCUCGCGAUCCGGUGCGAUACUCUAUCCAACUAAGCUAUGAAGCCACUGAUGUUGGGAACUGGUCCCAACAUCAUGAGUGGCUUCAUAGCUCAGAGUUGGUUAGAGCAUCGCACCAGCAUCGCAAGGUCACGGGUUCAAACAUUCGCUGUCCUCACAAUUAGAGUUAUUGUCCAAGAGGUUCUCCUCAAGGCCUUGCCUCAAAUUCAGAGGAGGCAAUGAUGACAGAAAUUGAAUUUAUUUAUCUCCUACGAAAGUAAUUUCCGACGCCAUUUUGUUUCUUUAUCCUUUGCGCGGCGCCCUCGCAAAGAAUGCGUCUGUGAUUGCGCCUGUCUGUCACACGAGAGGGCACAAUUUAUGCUAAAAAUAGCCAAUAGGCCAUUUGCAUGAUGGCGUCAUUUUACUACUAUGACCAGGAUCGUUCAGGUUUUUUCUUUUUUGUGCAAAUUAGGGCUUUUGUUAUUUAAACCUCACUGUGGCUACCAAAUUUAAAUAAGAAAAGAAAACCUCUCCACAACGGCCACCUUGAGGACAGGAGAAAGUGAGCAUUGUAGAGAGGUGGCCCGUUAUGGGGAGGUAGGGGUGUAAAUUAUAUAACAAAUUUUUUUAGGUAGUAUCUCAGAAUAGUAAUCCAAUCAUAUAUAAUAAUUAUGUAGAGAUAAAAGAAAAAAAAAACCUUGAAUAAUGUUUCGAAUCAAAAUGUUAACGUGUCAAAACGAGCAAGGUUCGCAUUAUUCGCCAGAAGUAUUGGGACAAUUCUUGCUUACUGCGCAGUAUACGAUUGCCGCGAUUAAUCAUCAACACGCCAACGGAAUCAAAUGUCAUACCGUUUUGACCUUUUUGUCAGUCGCUGAAAAAACUGGUCGUUGUCGAGAGGUUUAUUUGGCAGUUGGGGGACGCUUUAGUGGCAGUUGCCGUUAUAGAAAGGUAGCUGAUAGUGGAGGUUCGAAUGUAUUUCGAUGGAACCAACGCCAUUACUGGAAAAGGUAUCCAGUUAUAAUCUCCUACCCCGAUUAUGGCUCCUGGUUGAAGCAUCGUUUCCUUCUCUUGCGGGAUAUGACAGGGCUAACAAUAUUGUUUUAUGUUAUCAAUUUUUUGACAGUUGCUCCUCAGGUCUUGCUGUCUUCUAAAACAAAGUUGGCAGAGGAAAAACAAAACGUCACUAUCGCCUGCACUGCUACUGGUCAGCCGCAACCCGAUAUCAAGUGGUCCAAGUCCGAUGGAACCAUACCGACAGAUAGAAAUGGGGUGAUAAACGGAGCACUGACAAUCUACAAUGUAGCAAAGACGGACAGAGGAACAUACGUUUGUAAGGCAAAGAAUAUCCUCGGAUUCGCAUCAGACACGAGUUUGCUUAUGGUAUUUUCUCCUCUGCGCUUCAAAAUGAAUUUUCCUCAAGAGGUGACUCCUUAUAUUUUUGGUUCAACUGUUCGUUUGCCGUGUGUGGCCGAAAGUGACCUGAAAACUACAAUUACUUGGUCGAAGAAUGGUAAAUCCUCACUUCCUGUUGACGCUAUUGUUCUUCAAAAUAACACUUUAGUUUUGGAAAACUUCAGGAAAUCACACGAGGGAUCCUACAGCUGUGUGGCGACUAAUGCUGUGUCAACAAUUGAGGCUAAAGUCAAAAUCAAUUCUCCAGUUACAGCACCCGUCUCCUGUUCUGUUAUAAGAAAAUACGUGAGCAGUGUGAGCGGAAAUUACGUCAUUGAUCCAGAUAGCGAGGGAGGCCUGGCACCAUUUACUGUAUAUUGUGAUAUGGCUGACAAGAAUGGUGUUGGUGUGACAGUCAUCAGUCACGACAGUGAGAGCAGAACAAAGGUGCGUGACGGCCUUGGUUAUGGAAGUCAGGGUAGUUACUCACGUUUCAUUCAUUACACUGGAGCGAGUCUGUCUCAGCUGACAAGUCUGACCAGAGUCUCCUCACACUGUGAACAGUUUAUCAAAUACGAGUGUUAUGGUUCAAGGCUAUUGAGAAAUGGAAUGGGAUGGUGGGUGUCACGUGAUUCUUCCAAGAUGACGUACUGGGGUGGAGCAUUAGCUGGAAGUGGUAAGUGCGCAUGCGGGAUGACCAACUCAUGUGCGGACUCCAGCUAUGGCUGUAACUGUGAUAAGAAUGACGGUGUAUGGCGGGAAGAUAGCGGUCUCCUGACUGACAAGACAAAACUUCCAAUAAAACAGCUCAGGUUUGGUGAUGCAGGGAAUAGCUACAACCAAGGUUAUCAUACUCUUGGAAAACUCAAGUGUUACGGCUCAUCAUAG